GGCGUAUAAAAGCCGCGAACCGCAGGGAUAGGAGCAAUUAGUCUCGACGAAACCACAACGACUGGGAAAAUAACUCAGAAAAACUACGACAAUGAAAUUCGCAAUUGUUCUACUGGCAGCCAGCAUUGCCUGCAUCAGUGCCCAGGGUCCCGGAGGUCCUGCCGGCAAUCCCCUGGCCGGAAAUCCCUUUGCCGCGGCCAAUCCCUAUGCGGCUGCCUUUAAUCCCUUCCUGAAUGGACUUUUCGGUGGAGCCGGCACCGGAGCCGCCGCUGGAGUUGCUGCUCCCGUUGCUCCCUCCGUGCCCUUCGGAGGCGCCUCCAUCUCCUCCUUCUUCCAGUCGAUAGUCCUGCAACGCGAGGCCGAGCGUCUGUUGUCCCAGCCCGACUUCCCCACCGAUCUGGCGGAGCGUGUCCAGGAUGUGGUGGCCACCUCCCAGGAGUCAAUCAGUGGCUGCAACAACGCCACAUUCCCCUGGCUCCAGAUCCGCUGUGUGAAGCCCCUGCUGACCAACGCCAAGAACCAGCUGAAGCUCAUCGAUGACGAGUGGCAGGCUCGUUUGGCCGCCGCCACCACCGCCAGCCCCGCCGCCGGAGCAGGAUCUGCCUAGGAUCCAAGACCUGCCCUCCUCCUCCUGUGCCCCACUUAAUAUUUAAUCUCCCCUAGCUAGCAAUCGACCAACAUAGAUGCAAUAAAAUUUAAAUAAGUUUAAUGCAGGAA